GGCUCAGGUCGCUUCAAACAUCAAACAACCUUACCUAGCUAGCUACCUUUACAACUUCACCACUCGUCACUCGAGUACCACGGCCCACGGCUCUCUGGAAAAUUCCGUUGCCGGAUUUUAGUCUUUCCAAUACGCAUACGCACUAGUAGUUCGUACUUGGUGAGUGCCGAAGACACGCGACUUGGAGGCCCAGUUUGGUGGGGACAUUGCUCUCAUUUCAGUGUUCCAAGCUUCCCAUUUGAUGCGUCACGAGAGUACUGCUGCUGUGCCAAGCGGCCCUGGAUCCUUCAAAGCUGGGGAACCCUUUUGCAUGGACGACCAAACAACGCACAAUCACCACCACAACCACGAAUAUACCGAUAGACACGAGUCCAGGGUCGUGGUACCAGCCUCUACAAAUUCAGCAUCACCUAUAUCAUCUCAGUUUCCCUCGUCUUCAUUGACGCGGCCCCCGUCCGAUUCCACAUUUGCUGCCCAGCAGAACCAAGAUUUGCAAGCCCCUGAUGCUGCAAUUGCUCUAGCAGCAAUCCAACCUCCCGACCAGAAGAUGUCCGACGCACAAGGCCAUAGGAGGCGGAAGAGUAGCAUAAUGAGCCCCAUUGAUGGCAGUUCGCGGGGGAAAGCACGCCGGACAUCAAUGUCACCUAAUGGAAAGGACAAGAUACGGGAGGAGCCAAAAGCUAGCGAUUCAUUGUUAGAUGAGGACUCAAAAAGCACCAGCGAGGAUCUGGAAAUGGAUCAUCUGACCGAUGACGGCCUGCAAGAUGACGAGGAAACUGGGUUGACGGGGAAAGAUCGAGGUCGGCGGAAUUCGAAAAGAAGGAGAAAUACAUUACUGGAUCAACGAAUUGUGGGCGACGUCAAGAUUACAGCCGAGGAGAAAAAGCAGGCGGAUCAGAAUGUGCUGAAGAGUAUGGUGAUCAAUGGCAUAUUGAUCCUCCUGUGGUAUUUAUUUUCGCUUUCCAUAUCAAUAGUACGUUCCCCCUUGCUGUUUAUCUAUAUUUCGCGCCCGCUGAUGUCUGGCAGUACAACAAAUGGAUGUUUUCAGAAGAGCAUUUAAAUUUCCAUUUCCCGCUAUUUACGACAUGUAUGCAUAUGCUGGUACAAUUCUGCCUUUCCUCGCUCGUGCUAUACUUUCUCCCUCAAUUCCGACCACGAUACGAUUCAAUCACGAACCCUCACAAUACACAAGCCCCAGAUGCGGAUUUAGCAGACCAUGAAGCGGCGUCAAAGAAACCGCUUAUGACUCGAAUGUUUUAUUUUACACGCAUUGGUCCUUGUGGAAUGGCUACUGGGCUUGAUAUUGGGCUCGGGAAUACAAGUUUGAAGUGGAUUACUCUUACAUUUUAUAGUAAGUUUCAUACCUCUUCUACUUUUUAUCUUCAAAGACUCGAUUGCUAACAGAUAUGUUUUUCAGCCAUGUGCAAAUCUUCUUCACUUGCCUUCGUUCUGUUAUUCGCAUUCCUUUUUAGACUUGAAACUCCAUCCUGGCGGCUGGUGGCGAUUAUUGCAACUAUGACAGCAGGUGUGGUGAUGAUGGUUGCAGGAGAAGUUGAUUUCUCAGCAAUCGGCUUUAUUCUCGUCAUCUCAGCAGCAUUCUUUUCCGGGUUUCGAUGGGGUCUCACACAAAUCCUUCUUCUCCGAAACCCGGCAACAUCCAACCCAUUCUCGUCGAUUUUUUUCUUAGCUCCUGUUAUGUUUUUUUCCCUGUUCGUUCUAGCUAUACCAGUGGAAGGCUUUCCUGCCCUUUUUGAGGGCCUGCAUCUCCUUAUGGAAGCUAAGGGAUUCAUUCUUGGUCCUCUCCUUUUGCUCUUUCCCGGAGUCAUCGCAUUCUGUAUGACCGCCUCUGAAUUCGCUCUUCUUCAGCGAACUUCGGUAGUUACUCUCUCCAUCGCUGGAAUCUUCAAAGAAGUCGUCACUAUCUCUGCAGCAGGUAUUGUGUUCGGCGACACCCUUACCCCAAUCAACAUCUCCGGUCUCUUUGUCACGAUCGGAGCCAUCGCAGCGUACAAUUAUAUCAAAAUCCGGAAGAUGAGAGAGGAAGCGCGGAUGGAGGCUCGCAAGCAACGUGCCACCGACAGAGGUGGCGGGAGCGGGAGUGAGGCAGAUGGGGAGAGCGAGAGCGAUGACGAGGAUUGGAAUACGAUGGAGAAUACGACUGUCACUACAGACGGGGAUAUCCUUCGGGUUCCUGGGGCCCCGUCGAAGAGUAAAGGGGCUAGCUCGGGUUCUGGGUCCAAUGCACCUACGAGAUCUGGUGAAAGGAGUCGCGAGGAGAUUUCGGCUUUGGCGGCUAGUAAGAGGGAGUUGAGUGAUUAAAUAAUUUCUUCAGUUGAAAUUUUGUUUUUUGGAUGAAUGCGAAUGCGAUUCCCCUAUUUUAGCGAUACUCUUUUUCUCUUGCAUUUGAAGUUUGCAGUUUGCAUGGAGAUGAGAUGAGAGCAGAGCCGGAAAGAAAAGAAAAGAACUGAAUUUGAUUGAUUGCAUUGAUAUUGGAAUGAGUGAGAUAUGAGAGCACAAAUGGGCAUUUUUCGAAUGGUGGUUUUGAAUGAGCUGGCUGGAUGGCAUUUUAGGGUGUAUCAUAAUCUUUUGUGGCAUUGUUAUAUCUUUCUUUUCUUUUUUUCAUGUUGGAGAAAUGGUGUUUGGACCAUGGGAUUUGGCGUUUUUUUUUGGGAUAUAUUUGGACAGGAGAG